GCGUUGGACUGGAUGGCCCAGGAGGUCUCUUCCAACUCUACUAUUCUAGGAUUCUAUGAUUCUAUAAGAGUGUAGAGAUGCACCCACUAUGGGUUUCCUUGCCUUUCCAUUGAUACACUGCCUUGUCCGCCUCCAAAGCACCUGGGAGCCCAUCCUGGUUCCUAGAGAAGCAUUGUUUUGCCCAGGAAGUCUUUGAAGAGAACCAUCCAAGGAGCAUCGCUUCCGCUUCCGGUUCUUCCUUGGCGAGGCGGGAAAGCUGAAAACAGGCAGAGAGGAGACACGAGGAGCAGGUGACUAUUGGGCAGAAAAGAAUCGGCAGAGAGCAAGAGCCAUAGAAAUCCAUGGAGUUUGAAAACAAUACCAGUCAAGCUGUUUCCUCACGCCAGAAAACCCACCCAGGGGGACAACCAUUUAAAUGCACUGAAUGUGGUAAGAGUUUCAACAAGAGAGGAAAUCUUACUACACAUGAAAGGAUACAUAAAGGGAAGAAACCAUAUCAAUGCACAGAGUGUGGGAAGAGUUUCAGGUGCAAAGGAAGUCUUACUGUCCACGAAAGAAUUCACAGUGGAGAGAAACCAUAUCAAAGCCUGGAAUGUGGGAAGAGUUUCCCGGUUGCCGGGCAUCUGAAAACGCACCAACAACUUCAUACAGGUGAAAAGCCUUAUAAAUGCCUGGAGUGCAAAAAGAGCUUCCAUUUAAGCGGUAACCUUCUAUCACAUCAAAGAGUCCACACAGGGGAGAAACCAUAUAAGUGCCUCGAGUGUGGAGAGAGCUUCAUUAACAGUGGAAAUCUUGCUGGCCACCGAAGCAUUCAUACAGGGGAGAAACCAUUUCCAUGCUUGGUGUGUGGAAAGAGCUUCCGUUUAAAUGCUUACCUUUCUGCACAUCUAAGAGUCCACACAGGGGAGAAACCAUACGAAUGUAUGGAAUGCGGGAAGAGCUUCAGUCAGAGUCAAGAGCUUACUGUGCAUCGAAGGCUCCACACAGGAGAGAAGCCAUACAAAUGCCUGGAGUGUGGAAGGAACUUCCGGGAAUCAGGGAAACUAGCUGUGCACCAAAGAACCCACACAGGGGAGAGACCAUAUCCAUGCCCAGAGUGUGGAAAGAGCUUCCGACAAAAGCCACACCUUACUAUACAUCUAAGAAUCCACACUGGAGAGAAGCCAUAUAAAUGCCAAAUAUGUGGAAAAAGCUUCAGCUAUAGCGGAGGUCUCAGUAAUCAUCAAAAACACCACACAGGGGAGAAACCCUAUAAAUGCAUGGAGUGUGGAAAGAACUUCCGCUUAAGUACUAGCCUUAACGCCCACCUAAGUACCCACACUGGUGAGAAACCCUAUAAAUGCACCACCUGUGGGAAAUGCUUCAGUCAACAUUCGCACCUUUCCAGCCACCGGAGGAGCCACACGGGAGAGAAACCACAUCAGUGCAUGGAGUGUGGAAAGAGCUUCCGUUUAAAUGCUUACCUUUCUGCACAUCUAAGAGUCCACACAGGGGAGAAACCAUACGAAUGUAUGGAAUGUGGGAAGAGCUUCAGUCAGAGUCAAGAGCUUACUGUGCAUCGAAGGCUCCACACAGGAGAGAAGCCAUACAAAUGCCUGGAGUGUGGAAGGAACUUCCGGGAAUCAGGGAAACUAGCUGUGCACCAAAGAACCCACACAGGGGAGAGACCAUAUCCAUGCCCAGAGUGUGGAAAGAGCUUCCGACAAAAGCCACACCUUACUAUACAUCUAAGAAUCCACACUGGAGAGAAGCCAUAUAAAUGCCAAAUAUGUGGAAAAAGCUUCAGCUAUAGCGGAGGUCUCAGUAAUCAUCAAAAACACCACACAGGGGAGAAACCCUAUAAAUGCAUGGAGUGUGGAAAGAACUUCCGCUUAAGUACUAGCCUUAACGCCCACCUAAGUACCCACACUGGUGAGAAACCCUAUAAAUGCACCACCUGUGGGAAAUGCUUCAGUCAACAUUCGCACCUUUCCAGACACCGGAGGAGCCACACGGGAGAGAAAGCACAUCAGUGCAUGGAGUGCGGAAAGCGUUUCAGAUAUAAACAAAGCUUUACUCAUCAUGAAAGGAUGCAUGCGCAGGGAAAAAAAAUAUCCAAACGCAUAGAGCAAAGACCUUCAGUGAAAAAAGGAAACAAUGCUUCAAAAAACCGAAGUAGAGUUCGUUCCAAGUGCUCAUCGGAAUUUUCCUAAUUGGGUGUUUAUUAAAGUUUGGGUGUUCCGCCACUUCUUCAUAAAGUGGGUAUGCAUGCAAGCCAAAUUUUAAAUCAGCUCCUUCAAAAACCUAUGAGGCUUUGAUUAUCAAAAUGGAACCAUUCUUCUAACCAGUUCAGUAGAGCUGCUACAACGGGCCAUUGAAUAGAUGGAAAAUCCGUGGAUGUAGAGAGACAACUAUAAUUCUUUUAUAUAUUAGCUGGUGCUCUUUAGUUUUUAAUUUGGGUCCCUAGAUGUUAGGUUGUAAAGGUAAAGGUUUUCCCCUGACGUUAAGUCCAGUCGUGACUGACUGGGGGUUGGUGCUCAUCUCCAUUUCUAAGCCGAAGAGCCGCCGUUGUCUGUAGACACCUUCAAAGUCAUGUGGCCGGCAUGACUGCAUGGAGUGCCGUUACCUUCCCGCCGGAGCGGUACCUAUUUAUCUACUCACAUUUGCAUGUUUUCAAACUGCUAGGUUGGCAGGAGCUGGGGCUAACAGCGGGCGCUCAUUCCGCUCCCGGGAUUUGAACCUGGGACCUUUCAGUCUGCAAGUUCAGCAGCUCAGCGCUUUAACACACUGCACCACCACCAGGAGCUGAAUGACAAUUCCCAUCACUUCCAAUUAUCUACCUUGCAGUCUCAGAAUAAUGGGAAUUGUAACCCAAUAGCAUUCUUGCUCUGAGUUUGGGGAAAGGCUAAAUGGCAUUUUAACAUCAGACAUCAGAUCCACACAACUUGUAUCUAAAUUCAAAACCCUGAUUGAACUGAACAAACUGAAGAUUUAAGCUCUAGGGAUGAAACCAUAUAUUCAUCUUAACUGCACCAAAGAUCCUUAGAGCCACCAAUGUCAGUCCCCUAGGAGUUGCCAUAGAGUCAGAAAUGUAACCCUUGUGAAUAUGGGAUUUUUAUUGUAUAGUACUUUUCUUUAAAUUUUGCUUUCUGGAUGUUGAUUAUUACAGUGUGAAUUAGUUUAUCUGUAUUAAAACAUCAAUGAAACUGAAAUAUUUUUAAAAGAGAGAAAUGCUCUGCUAUUUAGCAGAGAUUUUCAAUUUGGUUUUAAGAAUCUUUGUGUUGCCAUUUUAUGCAUGCUUGCCUCUAGAAAACAGAUUGACCCAAAAAUAAAUGACAUAGUAAGAAUUUCUAGAAAGAAGGCUGUCAGUUAUUCCUAUCUUUAGAUAUUCUUUUUUUGUGAUGAUUAGUUUGUAUUAUAUGUUAGAUAUUUCAUAUAUUCUUUUAGUAUAUAAUAUUUAGAUUAUGAAUCCUAUACCAUUGUAGGAGCUGAAUCAAGGAAAUCUUACUUGAACUCUAAAUAACUUGUUGUCCUCUGUACUUUGAACAAGUUGCUGAUUUUUCUACUUUGAACAAGUUGCUGAUCUCUGUACUUUAGAUAACUUGCUGAGCCUGGCAUUUGAACUCUGUAUAACUCUUGUAAAUCAUGAGACAUUUAUUGAGCAACAAUACCCCAAAUAUGGUAGUGCCACCUUGUUAGGAAGUGUGUAUGAAAUCAUGAGUUACAACUGCGCAUGUCUGUAAAAGUUAAAGGUUUUCCCCUGACGUUAAGUCCAGUCGUGACCGACUCUGGGGGUUGGUGCUCAUCUCCAUUUCUAAGCCGAAGAGCCGGCAUUGUCCGUAGACACCUCCAAGGUCAUGUGGCCGGCAUGACUGCAUGGAGCGCCUUUACCUUCCCGCCGGAGCAGUACCUAUUUAUAUACUCACAUUUGCAUGUUUUCGAUGGUCUAAACUGAACUGCCACUCAGUGUAAGGGCACUUUGCAGUUGGUCUGUCACCACAGUGAUUAUUCUUUGCAGCAGUAAAUUACUUUGAAAUCUA